UAUCCAUCCCACACCUCUCCACCCGCAAACGGCUCCUACGGUGAGAAAAAAAAGAGAGCGGAACAGUUUCAAACACGUCGGCAUAAAUCUCACAUUCAGAGCUCCCUUUUCUCCUUUCCCUCCUGACGGACUUCAUUACUUUAUUCCUCUGCGCGCCAAUGCCCGAGACCACGCCGAAACGAAGGAUUUUUUUCCCUUGAGCAUGAAAAGGAUUGCCAAAUCAUCCGCAAUCCAACAUCACCGACUGAGCCACCAGCAUGAGCACUGGAUACAUAUGCUCCAGCAGAAGUUGUUGGCUAGAGAACUAACAAAUCUUGGACCACAAAUACAGCGAAGAGGGGAGAGUCAGUUUUAGGUCUCCACAUAAUGGAGCGAGAAUGAACAGAGAGCGGCUUAAAAAAAAGCAUGAACUGGAGGUUUAUUGAGGUCAUCUGCUUCCUGUUUAUAUGGGACCAUAUAACAGUUCAGUCUUCCCGCCAGGACCCAUUGGCCACUGAGCAACAUGUCACCAAGCAAUAUGACUGGCUCAUCUCUGACCGUGGACCUUUCCACCACUCACGGAGUUAUCUGUCCUUUGUGGAAAGAUUCCGCCAAGGAUUUACGACCAGAUAUAAAAUUUAUAGGGAAUUUGCACGUUGGAAGGUGAGGAACACAGCGAUCGAGAGAAGGGACCUAAUCCGGAACCCCGUGCCACUCAUGCCUGAGUUCCAGCGCAGCGUCCGCUUGCUGGGCCGCAGACCCACUACUCAGCAGUUCAUCGACACCAUCAUUAAGAAAUAUGGAACCCACAUUCUCAUCUCAGCCACCCUGGGAGGAGAGGAGGCACUGACUAUGUACCUGGCCAAAAACAAGCUGGACAGGAAGCUUGCCAACGCUACUCAGAACGUGGAAGCCCUCCAUCAGCUGGCCUCGUCAUACUUCAUUGACCGCGACGGCACGAUGAGGAAGCUGCAUGAGAUCCAGAUUUCCACCAAUGCCAUCAAGGUGACUGAGACACGGACGGGGCCACUGGGAUGCAGCAGCUAUGACAAUCUGGACUCAGUUAGCUCAAUCCUUCUGCAGAGCCCUGAGAGCAAGCUUCAUCUGCAAGGUCUUCAGGUCAUUUUCCCAGAAUACCUGCAGGAAAAAUUUGUCCAGUCAGCUCUAAGCUACAUUAUGUGCAACGGAGAGGGAGAGUACGUGUGCCGUAACAACCAGUGCAUCUGUCAGUGCGCCGAGGAGUAUCCCCAGUGCAACUGUCCCAUCACCGACAUCCAGAUCAUGGAGAACACCCUGCUGGGGAUGUCUGAGUCAUGGGCUGCCUCUUAUAAAGACUUUGAGAACUCUGACGAGUUCAAGUCCUUCCUGAAGAGGCUGCCCUCCACUCACUUCCUGCCCAUCGGCAGUGUGCAUCUCCUGUGGGGCAGCGACUGGGACCUGCAAGCCCGCUACAGGCUCCUCCAGAGUUCCCUGGAGAUACAGCGGCUCAAGAUCCAGCGCACCGCCCGUAAGCUCUUUGGCCUCAGCAUCCGUUGUCACCACAACCCCAACCACCAGAUGCCUAGGGAGAGAUCUGUGAUGCAGUGGCUCAACAGGGUUCAGUCCUUCCUCUACUGCAAUGAGAAUGGGUUCUGGGGAACCUUCCUGGAGAGCCAAAGGACAUGCGUGUGCCACACAGGUGUCACCCUGUGCCAACGACCCAUCCCUUGUGUCAUAGGUGGCAACAACAGCUGUGCCAUGUGCAGCCUGGCCAACAUCUCACAAUGCGGCUCCUGCAACAAGGGCUACAAGUUGUACCGUGGUCGCUGUGAGCCCCAGAAUGUGGACUCAGAACGUAGUGAGCAGUUCAUCAGCUUUGAAACUGAUCUGGACUUUCAGGACCUGGAACUCAAAUACCUGUUACAGAAAAUGGAUUCCCGACUGUACAUUCAUACUACUUUCAUCAGUAAUGAGAUCCGCCUAGAGACAUUCUUUGACCCUCGAUGGCGUAAGCGCAUGUCCCUGACUCUCAAAAGUAACAAAAACCGGAUGGACUACCUUCACAUGAUUAUCGGUCUAUCAAUGAAGAUCUGCCAGAUGCGAAACAGCAGUAUCGACCCCAUGUUUUUUGUUUACGUCAACCCAUUCAGUGGUAGUCACUCAGAAGGUUGGAGCAUGCCCUUUGGUGAACAUGGUUACCCACGCUGGGAAAAAGUACGACUGCAGAACUCCCAGUGCUUCAACUGGACUCUCCUGCUUGGCAACCGGUGGAAGACCUUCUUCGAGACCGUGCACAUCUACCUGCGUAGCCGUGCUAAGAUCCCAACCGGCCUACGCAAUGACACAGGACAGGGCCCAGUGGACCUUGCAGACCCUAACAAGCGCCAGAUCUACAUAAAAAUAUCUGAUAUCCAAGUGUUCGGCUACAGCCUGCGCUUUAAUGCCGACCUGCUCCGUAGUGCUGUGCAGCAGGUUAACCAGUCGUACACUCAAGGAACUCAGUUCUACUCAUCCUCAUCUGUUAUGCUCCUGCUACUGGACAUUAGGGAUCGGAUUAACCGCCUAGCCCCUCCAUCUGCACCUGGCAAACCCCAGCUGGACCUCUUCUCUUGUAUGCUAAAGCAUAGGCUCAAGCUCAACAACAGCGAAAUGAUUCGAGUUAAUCAUGCCUUGGACAUGUACAGCACAGAGAUACUAAAACAAUCAGAUCACCUGACUGCUAAACUCUGCUGAACAUAAUAACAUUAAAACAAGACAGCAAACUAAACACAAACAACCCAACAAAUGAACUAUAAGGGGAUAUUAAUCUUAAUUUUGUUUUCUCUUUUUCAUUUUUGGACCUUUUCUGCCUUUUGAUGUAAUAUUAACUUUGUAAGCAGAAUUCUUAAAGAGAAAAAGGAAAAAGGCAGUGAUGAAAAGCAUUUCAGGCGGAUAACGAAGAUUAAUGGAACCACUAUAAGGACUGUAUCAUAUUUGUCCCAGCAUGUCUGUCAUUCCCUUAAAGAACUUAAAAGAGAGAGAGAGAAAAAAAAAAAGAAAUAUUAAAUCUAUGUACUGGUGAAAAAGAGGCCUUGAUUUUACUCUGAGGGAUCAAAGGUUAUAUCUGAAACUGCCAUUCUUUACUGAGAAAAAAACAUUUUUAAAGGAAUAAUGACAUAACACAAGGGCAGACCAGAUAUCCUUUUAUUUCAGCUAAUGUGCAAAAUAUUUCAGACAUAAUGGACAGUUUAAUAUUAAAGAUGUUUAUACAUUGUAAGGAUUAAAUAGCCCUAGAGAAUAAGUAGUCAACACAUUACUUAUAGACUCUUUAUUACAUUUCAAACCCACAGUGAAUCUGCAUUGCUCUUUGUGAGUUAUGAGGCACUCUGUCAUUGUUCUGACACAUAAGGCACACAGCAGGGCAGUAAUGGAUAGUCAUGUCAAAUAACAAAAGCCAGCUGUUUAUAUAUACAUAUAUAUGUGGGUGAAUGUGUGUGUAUGUGAGUGUGCAAGUGUGCACAUACCUUUUUUUGGCUUGAUGCUUAUUGCUGUUCGUUAAUUGAAUGUGUCAUUUGAGAUUGACUCCAGUCUAAGCUGAAUCUUGCAUUUGGAGCGCUUCUUCCCGUGUUUGAAAUUCAAGCUGUGUUUUUCACAAGGCAGUACCUCCUGGUGCGUGAGUGCAAUAUUGUGGUCUGAAGAUUUAACAAUCAAUGCUAUUUUGUACAGCUUUGCAAAAUGUACAUGUUGUGACUGCUGAUUUGUGGAGCUUUUCAGCACCAAGAGCAAAAUGUAAACAUUCAUCGUUCGGGCACAUUUGCAAGACAACUUAAAGCCAUACACUUCCCUGAGGUAGACAUAAGUAAGACAUAAAGUUCAUCCCUGUUUCACUUAGAACUUACUUCAUAACAUGGAAAAAAAAAUGUCCCAUUUGUGUGUUUUUUUGUUUUAUUCUCUCAGUUGAUUUCAGAUAAGAACACAGCAAAAAGGCAGAUGACAAGAGAGGGCAUAUUUAUGUUGGAUACGAAUUGUGUUGAAAGCCAUUGAAUUUCGAUGUUGUGUCACAGGAAAAAAAAAAAAAAAGAAGAAGAAGAAAUGGUUAUAUUAAAGCUUAAAAUACCUUUUUGGCAGUGAGUAAUCUGUAAGCUUUUAUGCCCACAUGUAAAAAUGUCUGUUUUUCUUUCCAGAUAUGAAAUUUUAACUUUUUGUUUGCAUGUUGCUGGAAACACCAACAGAGCUGCAACUUGUUUAACACCCUCAAUCAUCAAAGUUAAAUAUGAAACACUACCUACAGUAUCUAUUUAUGGUCACUCUUUAUUUGGGUAAUCCGAUGCUGAAACAUUGAUAUUACCGAUGACUUUUUGUAGGUCCAGUCCAUUAUUUGCAUGUUCAUUAACAAGAAAGGCAAGGUCCCCCAUGUUGUACAACUUAACUGUCUCAGCCAUACAUGGGUUUAAACUUAAAAAAAAAAGAAAAAAAAAAAAGAGGCGAC